CUCUGCCACUGGCUGACCAUCUCCUGGCGCCCAUCCCUGCACCGCCCUAGGUCUGUUUCCUCGUUUAACAUAGUUGCAUAGUAAUGAUAGAUAAAGCGUGGAGGGUUGUUUUUUCAUUCAUUCAGUAAAGAUUCAUUGAGCACCCGCUCCGCGCCAGGCUGGGGACUGGGGACCCAGCAGUGAGCAGAACCAGCGGAGCCUCGGCUCCGAGGUGCCAGGCCUGGUGCCGCUGAGUGCUUUUCCAGCAGCAGCUCCAAUGGCGCUAUCGGGUCGAAGUAUACUUUACAGAAGAGGAAACUGAGGCCCACAGAGGGCACAGGGCUGGCCAAGACCGCAGAGCUGGGCAGUGCUGCUCCAGCUCAGUCUGAUCCAAACAUUGCUGCCUGCUCCCUGCUGAGGUCUGAUUCUGAGUCGCUGGGGGACCCCAAUGAGACAAUCCUGGGGGGAGAGCUUUGCAGUUGUCUAGAUGCGGCUUGCAGCACUUGGUGGAAACAGAUGCACGGUCCCCUGUACGGAGGUAGAGGAUGCUCGGAGGACACAAGUGCUCACUCAUUUUCUUUUUCUUUUUUUCUCUUGCAGUGUCCAGAGCCCCCUUCCCAGCCAGAGGCUGCCAGUGCCGGACAGUGUGCUGCACAUGUUCGCAGGCACCGAAGAGGGCCCUGAGGAUGACAGUGCAAAGCACGGGGGCCGGGUGCGCACCUUCCCCCACGAACGGGGCAACUGGGCCACCCAUGUCUACGUCCCAUACGAAGCCAGGGAGGAGUUCCCAGACCUGCUGGACGCGUUGCUGCCCCACGCCCAGACCCGCGUGCCCCGGCUGGUGAGGAUGGAGGCCUUCCACCUCAGCCUGUCCCAGAGCGUGGUCCUGCGGCACCACUGGAUCCUCCCCUUCGUGCAGGCCCUGAAAGAGCGCGUGGCCUCCCGCCAGAGAUUCUGCUUUACAGCCGACCGGGUAAAGAUUUAUACCAAUGAAGAGAAAACCAGGACCUUUGUUGGGCUGGAGGUCACCUCUGGCCACGCCCAGUUCCUGGACCUGGUUUCAGAGGUGGACAGAGUCAUGGAGGAGUUUGACCUCACCACUUUCUACAAGGACCCUUCCUUCCACAUCAGCCUGGCCUGGUGCGUGGGUGAUGCUCGUCUCCAGCUGGAAGGCCAGUGCCUGAGGGAGCUGCAGGAAAUUGUGGACGAGUUUGAAGACUCCGAGACGUUGCUGCGCGUGCACGCUGAGCAGGUCCGCUGCAAGUCCGGGAACAAGUUCUUCUCGGUGCCUUUGAACUUUUCCCAGAGGCUGAGGCGCCUCCCCCAUCCAGGGCUCUCUCUCUGGGACACGGACAGAGGGCCAGGGGCUGCCCAGGGGUUUUAUUCUCCCAGCCCUCACGAGAGCAAAGGACCGGUCCUGUCGGGUGGCCAUCUGGAUUUCCAGUGAUGGAUAAGGAGAUAUUUUUAUGUUACAGUUUUAAAUUAUGUCUAACAAAUAAAAAUUACAGUUUGUAUUU